AUGACUGGCGCCCGUGACAGCCGUUACAGCAUCGUAUCCUCAGAAGAAGACAGGCUGAGGUUGACAACCAUGCCAGGAAUCAACGGCUAUGGCAACGGGAAGAUCCACACCAGGAGGAAAUGCCGUAGUCGCUUUGUGAAGAAGAAUGGCCAGUGCAAUGUACAGUUUGCAAACAUGAGUGACAAGCCCCAGCGGUACAUUGCCGAUAUCUUCACGACUUGCGUGGACGUUCGCUGGCGGUAUAUGCUGCUGAUCUUCUCGCUAGCCUUUGUCAUUUCAUGGUUGGCUUUCGGCCUGGCCUUCUGGCUUAUUGCCCUGAUACAUGGAGACCUAGAGAACCCUACUGGUGAUGAGAACUUCAUGCCCUGUGUUUUGCAGGUAAAUGGAUUCAUUGCUGCCUUCCUUUUUUCCAUCGAAACCCAGACAACAAUAGGGUAUGGUUUCCGCUGUGUGACGGAAGAGUGUCCAUUGGCCAUCUUCUUGGUGGUCUUCCAAUCCAUCGUAGGUUGCAUUAUAGACUCAUUCAUGAUUGGUGCCAUAAUGGCUAAAAUGGCACGGCCGAAGAAACGAGCCCAGACCUUACUUUUUAGCCAUAACGCAGUAAUAGCCAUGAGGGAUGGCAAACUCUCUCUUAUGUGGCGGGUGGGAAAUCUGAGGAAAAGUCACAUAGUGGAAGCCCAUGUCCGGGCUCAAUUGAUCAAGCCACGGAUCACUGAGGAAGGAGAAUAUAUACCCCUUGACCAGAUUGACAUUGACGUGGGUUUUGAUAAAGGAUACGAUCGUAUAUUCUUAGUUUCCCCUAUAACUAUUCUCCAUGAGAUUGAUGAGGAAAGUCCUCUAUAUGGUAUUAGCAAGCAGGACCUGGAGAUGGCGGAUUUUGAAAUUGUGGUCAUCCUGGAAGGAAUGGUGGAAGCUACAGCAAUGACCACACAAGCCCGGAGCUCGUACUUGGCCAGUGAGAUUCUGUGGGGUCAGCGUUUCGAACCGGUGCUUUUUGAGGAGAAGGACCAGUACAAAGUGGACUACUCACAUUUCCAUAAAACCUAUGAGGUGCCCACAACCCCCCGAUGCAGUGCCAAGGAACUGAUGGAAAGCAAGUUCCUUGUUCCCAGCACAAACUCCUUCUGCUAUGAGAACGAGUUGGCUUUCAUGAGCCGAGAUGAGGAUGAUGAGGUUGAUGAUGAUGACAGCAGGGUCCUGGAUGAUCCGAGUCCAAACAGCAGCCGGCACGAAUUCGACCGAUUACAGGCAACUUUGGCAUUGGAUCAAAGGUCUUACAGAAGGGAGUCUGAGAUAUGA